GAAAUGGACAGAGCCGCCAAGCCUCACUUCGCGCUCAUCCCAUUCACAGGAACCAUCAGCCACGUGAUCCCCAUGGCAGACCUCGGCUGCCUCCUCGCGGCCCACGGAGCCGAGGUCACCAUCAUCACUACGCCCGUCAAUGCAGCGAUAGCACAGAGCCGUGUCGACCGCGCACAGUCACACGGUGCCACGACUACGAUCACGGUUACCGCAGUCCCGUUCCCGGCCGCGGACGCCGGCCUGCCCGAGGGCUGCGAGAGGAUGGACCUGCUCCGGUCCCAGGCCGAGGUGCCUCGCUUCUUCGUGGCCAACAAAGGCUUCGGUGAGGCAGUGUCGCGGCACUGCCUCGGCGAAGCGCUGCGCCGUCCGAGCUGCGUCGUCUCCGGGGCGUGCCAGACGUGGACGCUGGGCCUGGCGCGCCAGCUUGAAGUUCCCUGCUACGUCUUCCACGGUUUCGGCGCCUUCGCUCUGCUCUGCAUCGAGCACCUGUACAGGCACAGGCCGCAGGAGGCUGCCGCGUUGGCUGACGACGAGCUGUUCGACGUCCCAGCGCUGCCGCCGCCUUUCCGGCUCAGGCUGUCGCGUAGGCAGCUCCCGCCGCAUUUCAUGCCGACCACUUCCGUCGCCGGGAAGGCGCUGCAGGGGAUCCGGGAUUUCGACGUGGCCGCGGACGGCUUCGUGGUGCACACCUUCGAGGAGCUGGAGAGCGGCUCGACGGCGCUACUCGCGGAGGCGACGGGCAAAAAGGUGAUCGCCGUUGGGCCCGUCUCGCUGUGCUGCGCGCCAAGCCUGGAUCCUCGGCUCGUGUCGAACGAUGAUGCGAGGCGAUGCAUGGCGUGGCUGGACGCCAAGGCGCCCAAGUCCGUGGUGUACGUGAGCUUCGGCAGUUUCGGGCGCAUGCCACCCGCUCAGCUCAUGCAGCUCGGCAUGGCGCUUGUCGCAUGCCGCUCACCUGUGCUCUGGCUCGUCAAGGGCGCCGACUCCCUGCCCGACGACGUCAAGGAUUGGCUAAGAGAGAAUACCGACGCAGACGGCGUCGCAGGCAGCAAGUGUCUGGUGGUGCGCGGGUGGGCGCCCCAGGUGGCCAUCCUGGCCCAUCCGGCCAUUGGCGGCUUCGUGACGCACUGUGGAUGGGGCUCCAUCAUGGAGGCUGUUGCAGCCGGUGUGCCCAUGGCAACCUGGCCCUUUUUCGCAGAGCAAUUUAUCAACGAGCAGCUCAUCGUGCACGUGCUUGGCGUUGGGGUGUCCGUCGGUGUGACGAAGCCAACAGAAAAUGUUUUGAAUGCUACUACUGACGCCGCCGGUGGCAGCCAAGGGGAGGCUGAUGCCGAGGUGGGGAUGGAACAGGUGAAGAAAGCCAUGGAUACGCUGAUGGAUCAAGGGCCUAAAGGGGAGGAGAGGAGGAGGAAGGCCCAUGAGCUGAAACUGAAGGCGAAGAGUGCUUUGGAGAAGGGAGGAUCAUCCUACACUAAUCUGGAUAAUUUGAUCCUGUCUUUUCUUUGAAUGUCACCAUGUCUUACUUUUGCGUCCCAGCAUACAUGUUUUGUUUGCCUCUGAGUGUCAUACUAUGGAGAUUUAUUUACUCUUUAUUUAUUAUUACUAUGGUCAUUUGUUUCUGUCGAGUAAAGUUAUUGUAUUCUAGAUCAACCGGUGCUCCUCGAUGAGCAUGUAAUUCUAAGUGAUAUACGGAAUAUGGGUUCGUGGAUAAAUUUAAGGAC